AUGGCGGACACCAAAAGUCAAGAAAGUGAGGAAGGAAUCUGGGUCCUGGACGAUAGCGGCAAAAACCUCAAAUUCAUCUCUCAAGAGUUCCUUGACUCCGAAGGCCGCGAAGCAACCGAUCGUGCGAAGCCUACACACCCUACCACCGAGGAAGUCGCAGAGUAUCUUUCCAAUAUAUCGGGUCGUCAAAGAGAGGUCUACAACAAGCUGCAAGACCAAGGCUGGGACGAUCCUGCAAUCCACAACUUCUUCACCCUACUCGACAACCAGAGGACAUAUAUCUGCGCUGAACUUCGGAAGAAUAGAACGAAUGAGGAAGAGAUUCGACGACUCAAUUUGGUAUGUGAACGUGGUUAUAUCACGGACUUCUCUCAUCUUCGGCGCCCGGGUACUAGUCCGGCGGAUGAUGAUUAUCAGUUUCAACUUUUUUUGCUUGAGGAGAAUAAGAGACAGAGACGUGUUAUGAUGGGAGAGGAUUAG